AGCCGCCGCUGGCUAUCCGCAGCCCCCCCGCCCCGCCUCCCGUCAUUCAGCGGGCCAGCGCUCCCACAGGAGCAGCAAUGGGCUACGGAGAUUGGGACAGGGACAGGCGCGACGACCGCGGCGGCGGCGGCAGCUGGGGCGAUCGCGACCGCCGCGACGACCGCGGCGGCGGCAGCUGGGGCGGGCGCGACCGCAGCCGGUCGCGGGGCGGCGACCGGGGCGGAGGUGGGGGCAAAGGUGACAGCAAGGGCAGCUUCAGCAACUCGGAUUUGGGCGCGAACCUGAAGACCAUUCACUGGCGGGACGAGCGCCUUGUGAAGUUCGAGAAGGAUUUCUAUCAGGAGCAUCCUGCUGUCGCAGCGAUGACGCCAGAGCAGGCAGACUAUCUUAGAAAGGCGAAGAAUAUCACCAUCGUUUCAGGCGAUCGCAUACCCAAGCCGGUGAGGAGCCGCCGUGCCGCCCGCGCCGCCGCCGCGGUGCGGCCCGGAGCGUGUCACUCCGGAGAGGUGCAUCG